AUGCUAGCGGGCGCGAGCGUCGUCCAUAGACUCUUUCCGCCGGACCUGACUUUGCCGGGUGCGGGCGAGGCCGACCCAGCCGAGAAGCGAAAUCAGAACGGCAAUGUGGGCGAAACGACGCAGCAAUAG